AGUCUAGGCGGAGCGGGAGGCGUACCCGAACCGUGACAACCUCCGAACGACUUCUUCCUUUCCACAACAACGGGGUUCAACACUGUCCCAAAUACUGUCAGUCGGUAGGCGGUACCGUAAUUAGUUCAUGUAUAUGCGCGGAGGUCGUUUGUGUGCGGCUAAGAGAGCUAAGAAGACGAGAAGCCGCAUCCUUUCUGCGUAAGUAAGAGGUCCACUCAAGGAGCGGUGGCACUAUGGAGCAACUAUGCGGACCAGAGCUCCCCUUCUGGGAGCCCAACCUGACCCUGCAUGCAGAGAUCCCCGACCUCCCACAGUGCUUUCAGCUAACUGUGCUGGCAUGGACCCCCUGUGUCUACCUCUGGUUGGUCUCCCCCCUCUACCUCUUUUACCUCAAGAGGAACAGCAAAGGCUAUAUCAUGAUGUCUGUAUUAAACAGAGUCAAAACGAUCUUUGGCUUGAUAUUAUGGCUUGUGUGCUGGACAGACCUUUUUGCCUCCUUUCAUGAGAUGCAACAGGGACACGUCAGACCUCCAGUAUACUUUGUUACUCCUUUAAUACUUGGCAUGACUAUGCUGCUGGCCACCUUCCUUAUCCAGUUUGAGAGGCUGAGAGGGGUGCAGUCCUCCGGAGUGCUUUUCAUAUUUUGGGUGCUCUCUGUGCUGUGUGCCAUAGUGCCUUUCCGCUCCAAGAUCAUCUACGCCGGACGGGAGGAGGGAGUCUCAGACAAGCUGCGCUUCACAACCUUCUACGCGUAUUUUUCCGUCACAGUUGCAGAGCUCAUCCUGUCCUGCUUCAAUGAGAAACCCCCUCUCUUCUCCAAUGUGGCCACAGAUCCUGUGAAUAAUCCUUGUCCAGAAUCAACUGCUGGCUUCCUCUCAAAACUGACCUUUUGGUGGUUUACAAGCAUGGCAAUAAAAGGUUACAGGUCUCCGUUGGAGUCCAAAGACCUAUGGUCCUUAAACAAACAGGAUACCUCGGAGCUGGUGGUUCCGAAUCUCCUCGGGGAGUGGGAGGGAGAGAAGGUUAAAGCACAGAGCGUGGAGCCAGAAAUGAAAGGCCAGGCCAUGUACUCCAAACCCGCGGUGGAGAGCAACCACGUGGGGACGAGUCCCGAGGAGGUGGAGGUGCUGCUGGCCGGGGGGAAGGGGGUGCGGCAGCCCUCGUUCCUGCGCGCCCUGCUGAAGGCCUUCGGCCCCUAUUUCCUCAUCGGCUCGGCCUUCAAGCUUCUGCAGGACCUCAUCACCUUCAUCAACCCACAGCUGCUGAGGAUGCUGAUCGAGUUCACCAAGGAGACGGGAAUGCCGUCAUGGUGGGGCUUCUCUCUGGCCUUCAUGAUGUUCGGCUGUGCCGUGCUCCAGACGCUCAUCCUCCAUCAGCAUUUUCAGUACUGCUUCGUCACAGGCAUGAGGCUGCGCAGCGCUAUCAUAGGGGCCAUCUACAGGAAGUCGCUGGUCAUCACCAACGAAGCGAAACGCUCCUCCACAGUGGGCGAGGUGGUCAAUCUGAUGUCCGUGGACGCGCAGCGCUUCAUGGACCUCACCACCUUCCUCAACAUGCUGUGGUCUGCGCCCCUGCAGAUUAUCCUUGCCCUCUACUUCCUCUGGCAGACUCUGGGCCCCUCUGUUCUCGCUGGAGUGGCUGUUAUGGUUCUGUUGAUUCCCUUCAAUGCUGUCAUCGCCAUGAAAACCAAAGCUUACCAGGUGGAGCAGAUGCAGCACAAAGACAUGCGCAUCAAACUGAUGAACGAGAUCCUGAAUGGGAUAAAGGUGCUGAAGCUGUAUGCCUGGGAGGUCUCGUUCAGGGAGAAGGUCCUCCAGGUCCGCCAGAAGGAGCUUGCCGUUCUGCGCAAGGCCGCCUACCUGGGGUCCCUCUCCAUCAUGGCCUGGACCAGCGCUCCCUUCCUGGUCGCCUUAACAACGUUUGCCGUGUACGUGAGUGUGGAUGAAAACAACGUCUUGGACGCAGAGAAGGCCUUCGUUUCACUGUCUCUGUUCAACAUCUUACGAUUCCCCCUGAAUAUGCUUCCGCAGGUCAUUACCAGCCUUGUUCAAGCUAACGUGUCACUCAAACGCAUCCAGACCUUCCUGACUCACGAUGAGCUGGAUCCAGGCAACGUUGACCGGAAGCCUGUGGCCUCAGAUUUCGCUGUAACAGUUGUGAAUGGGAAAUUCUCGUGGGCCAAGAAAGAUCGGCCUGCUCUUCACAACAUUAAUGCCAUGGUGCCCCAGGGCUCUCUGCUAGCCGUGGUCGGCCACGUGGGCUGUGGGAAGUCCUCGCUUGUGUCGGCUCUGCUGGGGGAGAUGGAGAACCUGGAAGGGGAGAUCUCUGUAAGAGGCUCUGUGGCUUAUGUGCCACAGCAGGCAUGGAUCCAGAAUGCCACGCUGAGAGACAACAUCCUGUUUGGCAAGCCCUACGUGGAGCAGAAGUACCGUUGCGUGUUGAACGCCUGUGCCCUGACCCCUGACCUGGACGUGCUUCCUGGAGGUGACCAAACGGAGAUAGGAGAGAAGGGUAUUAACCUGUCUGGAGGGCAGAGGCAGAGGGUGAGUCUUGCCAGGGCUCUGUACAGCGAGGCCGACAUCUACCUCUUGGACGACCCGCUGUCCGCGGUGGACGCCCACGUCGCCAAGCACAUCUUCGACAAUGUCAUUGGGCCAGAGGGAGCCCUCCGUGGGAAGACACGGAUCUUGGUGACCCAUGGCAUCAGUUUCCUGCCCCAGGUGGAUAACAUCUUGGUUUUGGUGGAGGGCACGGUGUCUGAGAUGGGCUCUUAUCAGGACUUACUCAAGCAGAAUGGGGCGUUUGCUGAGUUUCUGAGGAAUUACUCUCUGGAGGACAUCAUUGAGGAUGAUGACGUGAUGGAGGUGCUGCUGGAUGAAGAAGAGUCUUUUCCCGAUGAUGCUCUCAGCAACCACACCGACAUGGUGGACAACGAGCCCGCAGUCAAUGAAGCUCGGAGACAAUUUAUGAGGCAGAUUAGUGUCAUGUCCAACGAUGCGGAGAAUCCCAAGGCCAUGUCAGUCCGCAGGCGGCGCUGCAGCGAGAGGAGGCAUGGGGAGCUGGUGCAGGAGAAGAAGAAGGUCCAAGUGGAAAAGCUCAUCCAGGCAGAGACUGCAGAGACUGGCCGGGUGAAGUUCUCAGUUUACUGGGACUAUGCAAAAGCGGUUGGGCCUCUGCUGUCCCUGUUCAUCUGCUUCCUGUACGCUGGACAGAGCGCAGCUGCUAUCGGUGCCAACAUCUGGCUCAGCCAGUGGACCAAUGAUGCAGAUGACAGCGCCAGGCAGGAGAACGUACACAUGAGGGUGGGGGUGUAUGCUGCACUGGGCAUUUCACAAGGUGCGCUGAUACUUGCCAACUCUUUGUUGUGCCGGGCCUACAGCAUGCUGAAGGCUGCCCACGCCACCCACCUCAACAUGCUCCAUGCCAUUCUGAGGGCCCCGCAGGCCUUUUUCGAGGCCACGCCCUCAGGGCGGGUCUUGAACCGCUUCAGCAAAGAUGUGGACACUAUAGACUCUCUGAUUCCAGACAAUAUUGAUAUCUGGAUGCGCACGUUCUGGUACACAGUCAAUGUGCUGCUCAUAUGCUCCGCCCUCACCCCCAUGUUCCUCUUAGUCAUAGUGCCAUUAAUGACGUUCUAUUGGUGGGUCCAGAGAUUUUAUGUAGCCACUUCAAGGCAGCUAAAGAGACUGGAAUCGGUCAGUAGGUCCCCCAUAUACUCUCAUUUUUCGGAGACCAUCACUGGCACUAGCGUGAUCCGCGCCUAUGGCCGUAAUGGUGACUUUGUACUGAUGAGUGAUAUGAAGGUGGAUGAGAACCAAAAGAGUUACUACCCUGGUAUUGUUUCCAACAGGUGGCUGGGGGUCCGGAUUGAGUUUAUUGGAAACUGCGUAGUGCUUUUUGCUGGUCUGUUUGCCGUGCUCGGGAAGGAGAAGUUGAGUCCAGGCCUGGUGGGCCUCUCCGUGUCGUAUGCCCUGCAGGUCACCAUGUCCUUGAACUGGAUGGUGAGAAUGACCUCUGACCUUGAGAGCAACAUAGUUGCUGUGGAGAGAGUGAAGGAGUACUCAGAGACUCCAUCUGAGGCACCAUGGGAAGUGGAGAACAAGAAGCCCCCUAACGAGUGGCCCCCUGAGGGCAACGUGGAGUUUGCAGACUACAGCGUGAGGUAUCGUGAGGGACUGGAGCUGGUUCUGAGAAACAUCUCCCUCAAGGUGAAAGGGGGAGAGAAGAUCGGCAUCGUGGGUAGGACUGGGGCAGGCAAGUCGUCUAUGACCCUGUGUCUGUUCCGUCUGCUGGAGGCAGCAAGUGGAGAGAUCAUCAUUGACGGGGUGAAGAUCGCUGAGAUUGGCCUGCAUGACCUCAGAUCCAAACUCACCAUCAUCCCCCAGGAACCAGUCCUGUUCUCGGGAACAUUGAGGAUGAACCUCGACCCCUUCGAGAAAUACAGUGACGAUGACAUUUGGAACGUUCUGAAACUGUCUCACCUGCACAAGUUUGUCAGUAACCAGCCUGCUAAACUUGAUUUGGAAUGCUCAGAAGGGGGUGAAAAUCUAAGUGUGGGACAGAGGCAGCUUGUCUGUCUAGCCAGAGCCCUGCUGAGGAAAAGCAGAAUCCUCAUUCUUGAUGAAGCCACGGCAGCUAUCGACCUGGAGACGGACGACCUCAUACAGUCCACCAUUCGCACGCAGUUUGAGGACUGCACGGUUUUCACCAUAGCUCACAGACUCAACACCAUCAUGGACUACACAAGAGUUCUCGUGUUGGACAAGGGACAGAUUGCAGAAUUUGACACACCAACAAACUUAAUCGCACAGAAAGGAAUAUUCUAUGGUAUGGUUAAGGAUGCUGGGUUGGCGUGAACCUCCAACGCUGUAUAAACUCAACAGUGCCUUCUUUAGUACAGUAAUAGCCAGUGAAUGUGUGUUUUUAUGUUUUUGUGUUGUUGUUGUUGGGGGUUUUGGAACCUGUAGUUCUUUUUUGCAUUACUGAUUUUUUUUCUACAUACUAUAUGCAGUGCCAUUGUUGCCUGUAUAUUUUUUGUAUUGUAAUAUUUAAGUUGGUUUUUGAGAAUGUUCAACAGGAAAGAUUACUGCAAAAAUAAAUAUACAUUUUUGCAAACCA